CCGGUCAAAGUCAUCUCGGCAAGGGGCGCAAACGGGGCCUCUGAUGGGUGCGUCCUUGCGGAAAGGCGGGAAUACGGCGGCGAACCACGGGGGUUGUACCAUCUCUACCAGUCAAGGGCCGAGGUGGCUAUGAUGGACAGGCCUAGCGGGAAGAGGCCCCGAGUGCGGGCUUUCACCCAACCGACCGGCCUCAAUGCCGAGAAAGGGCCAAUGAGGAGGCGGCGGGGGUGGGACGAAAAGGCCGGUUGCUCCGGAAGUGGAGGGAGGGGGUGAAAAUGGCGCCCAGCUCGAAAUCGGAGCGGAACAGCGGGGCCGGGAGCGGCGGUGGCGGCCCCGGGGGCGCCGGGGGGAAGCGGGCAGCGGGGCGGCGGCGGGAGCACGUCCUCAAGCAGCUGGAGCGGGUCAAGAUCAGUGGGCAGCUCUCCCCUCGCCUCUUCCGGAAGCUGCCGCCCAGGGUCUGCGUCUCCCUCAAGAACAUUGUGGACGAGGACUUUCUCUACGCAGGACACAUCUUCCUGGGCUUUUCCAAGUGCGGCCGUUACGUUCUCUCGUACACCAGCAGCAGCGGGGACGAUGACUUCUCCUUCUACAUCUAUCAUCUCUACUGGUGGGAGUUCAACGUCCACAGCAAACUCAAGCUGGUCCGGCAGGUGCGGCUGUUCCAGGACGAGGAGAUCUACAGCGACCUGUACCUGACCGUGUGCGAGUGGCCCAGCGAUGCCUCCAAGGUCAUCGUCUUCGGCUUCAACACCCGCUCGGCCAACGGGAUGCUCAUGAACAUGAUGAUGAUGAGUGACGAGAACCACCGAGACAUCUACAUCAGCACUGUGGCCGUGCCGCCACCAGGCCGCUGCGCCGCAUGCCGGGAAGCCAGCCGGGCCCAUCCAGGCGACCCGAGCGCGCAGUGCCUGCGGCACGGCUUCAUGCUGCACACCAAGUACCAGGUGGUCUACCCCUUCCCCACCUUCCAGCCUGCCUUCCAGCUCAAGAAGGACCAGGUGGUGCUGCUCAACACCAGCUACUCUCUGGUGGCCUGCGCCGUCUCAGUCCACUCGGCAGGCGAGAGCAGCUUCUGCCAAAUCCUGUAUGACCACACCACCUGCCCCCCGGCCCCUCCCAGCCCCCCUGGGCCCCAGAGCCCCGAGGUGCCCCCCGCCCUCCCCAGCCCCUGCCCUGAAGCGGCCCCCGCCCGGCCCCCCGGGGCCCCCGAGCCCUCGCCCGCCGUCGCCAAAGCCAAGGAGUUUGUGGCCGACAUCUUCCGUAGGGCUAGAGAGGCAAGGGGGGGGGCCUUGGAGGAAGCCCGGCCGCCCCCCUGCCCGGGGCCAUCGGGCAGCCGCUGCCGUCUGCCCUCGGAGCCCCUGGCCCCGGGCGGGGAGGCGGCACCCCGAGACAGCCCCCCUGCGGCUGAGGCGCCCGCCCCGGAACCUGGCUACGUCAACUACACCAAGCUAUACUACGUGCUGGGCUCCAGCGAAGGGACGGAGCCGGAGGACGAGUUCGAGGAUGACAAGAUCUCCUUGCCCUUUGUGGUGACUGAUCUCCGUGGCCGUAACCUGCGGCCCAUGCGGGAGCAGGCCGCUGUCCAGGGUCAGUACCUGACGGUGGAGCAGCUCACACUGGACUUUGAAUACGUCAUCAACGAGGUCAUCCGCCAUGAUGCCACCUGGGCCCACCAGUUUUGUUCCUUCAGUGACUAUGACAUUGUCAUCCUGGAGGUCUGCCCGGAAACCAACCAAGUCCUCAUCAACAUCGGCCUGCUGCUCCUGGCAUUUCCGUCCCCCACCGAGGAGGGCCAGCUCCGACCAAAGACCUAUCACACCAGCCUCAAGGUGGCGUGGGACCUCAACACGGGCAUCUUCGUGACAGUCAGCGUUGGCGACCUCACCGAGGUCAAGGGGCAGACCAGCGGCAGCGUCUGGAGCUCAUACCGCAAGAGCUGCGUGGACAUGGUCAUGAAGUGGCUGGUGCCGGAGAGCAGCGGCCGCUAUGUCAAUAGGAUGACCAACGAGGCACUGCACAAAGGGUGCUCACUGAAGGUUCUGGCAGACAGUGAGCGAUACACGUGGAUUGUGCUGUGAGGGCCCGGCCGUUCUGGACACUGACUCCAACUACCUCCGUGGCCUGGGAGCCGGCCGCCUUCCUGGCAGCCUCUCCCCGGCUGGCCGGCCGACCGAUGACCUGCCGACCGACGAGACGACCGACUGCCGGGGCCGGCACUCGUGUUAGGCUGCGGGGAAGGGGGCUGGGCGGGGCAGCCCCUGGUGGCCUGAGAGUCCGGACGCUUCUUAUUUAUGCCUAUUUAAGUUGGGAAGGGGCAGAGGGAGGGAGCCCCCUGCCCCCCCCCAGCCUCAAGCGCCCACCUUCACCCUGCGCUGGGCACAGGCCCUUGCUCUCUGUGCAUCUGCCCCUUUCCUUGGCUACAGGUGUGGACAUUGCCCCCCAGGGAGGCCGAAUGGACCCCCUUUCCCUGCCCGCCCCAGCCUCCCCCCGCCUGAGGUGGCACACCUCGUGGCCAUCCCCUCCCCCACCCGUCGUUCCCCUUCAUGUAAUAAAUGUUUUAUUUCUGAACCUUGAACUCCCCCUUACUGCCGCUCGAGGCCCAGUCAGAGCCCCGGCCCCAGGGCCCCGCGACUCAGCAGCAGCCACAUAGCACAGCGGAAUUUAUUGUGUUUUAAGAAAGACUACAAAAAGGUAGAAAACAGCUCGGCACACUAGACUACCACACGCGUGGACACUUUCACGGCCAGGAGGGGGGGGGGCCCCGAGGGAGUGGGGAGGGGACAUGAGGGGCCACCCCAAAAGCUGUAGCACGCGGAGCACACAAAAUAGUGAUUUUUAUACAAUAGGUCCGAUCUUUUUUUGUCUUUUUUUUUGUCUUUUUUUUUUUUUUUUUGCUUUUUGCCAUAAACAUCUAUCUCACAGGUUGAAGACACUGAGAAAACCGGAACAGAUAAGGCCAUGAUGGUUGGAAAAAAACCAACAAGUUACCAACUCCGCUCAGGCGGCUCACAAAUCGCACAA